CACUGGGAGAGAGACAGCAGGGAGCAGGAAGGCCACGGACAGCUAGAUACCUGACUUUCCAGAGUACCCGUCACCGCUUCACCUGCAGCUUUCUGUCAGAAAAUAUACUUUUUCCGGCGACUUGCACGCAGCUCAAGGCGCAUGCUCAGACUAACCGACGGCGCAUUUGUUUUAUUCAGGAACUCGGAGACACUGAAAGGUUAUAAAGAUGACCACUUCAUGGAGUGACAGACUGCAGAACUAUGCAGACUUGCCUGCCAACAUGGACGGCCUGGCAAUGAAGAAAUACAGGAGGGAACCUUACCACAGGCUCACAAAGGCCUUUCCAACAAAAAUCUUUGUCAACAGAAGCUUGGCAAUGGAGAAGAUUAAGUGCUUUGGCUUUGACAUGGAUUACACUUUAGCAGUGUAUAAGUCACCUGAGUAUGAAUCAUUAGGCUUUGAGCUGACAGUGGAGCGGCUGGUGUCCAUCGGUUACCCCCAGGAGCUCCUGAGCUUCGUCUACGACCCAUCGUUUCCCACCAGAGGCCUCGUGUUUGAUACCAUGUAUGGAAACCUGCUGAAGGUUGAUGCUUAUGGCAAUAUCCUUGUCUGUGUCCAUGGAUUCAACUUCCUUCGAGGCCCAGAGAUCCGCGAACGGUACCCCAACAAGUUUAUCCAGAGAGAUGAUACGGAGCGUUUCUAUAUCCUCAACACCCUCUUCAAUCUGCCAGAAACCUACCUUUUUGCUUGCCUUGUGGAUUUCUUCUCCAACUGUGACAGAUAUGACAGCUGUGAAACUGGCUUCAAAGAUGGCGACCUCUUCAUGUCCUAUAAAAGCAUGUUCCAGGACGUCCGGGAUGCUGUUGACUGGGUCCAUUUCAAGGGUACACUGAAGGAGAAGACUGUGGAGAACUUGGAGAAGUAUGUAGUGAAAGAUGGAAAGCUGCCUCUUCUUCUUAGCCGAAUGAAUGAAGUAGCCAAGGUUUUCUUGGCUACCAACAGUGACUACAAAUACACUGAUAAAAUCAUGACCUAUCUGUUUGACUUCCCCCAUGGCCCCAAGCCUGGUACCACCCACCGGCCCUGGCAGUCCUACUUUGAUCUGAUCCUGGUGGAUGCCAGGAAACCGCUGUUCUUUGGAGAGGGCACAGUGCUCAGACAAGUCGACACAACAACAGGACGUCUAAAGAUAGGAACCUACACAGGACCUCUGCAGCAUGGGAUAGUCUACUCUGGAGGCUCUUCAGACAUUGUGUGUGACUUGCUGGGGGCCAAGGGGAAGGACAUCGUGUACAUCGGGGAUCAUAUUUUUGGAGAUAUCCUCAAAUCCAAGAAACGUCAAGGCUGGAGAACAUUCCUGGUUAUACCUGAGCUGGCCCAGGAGCUGCACGUGUGGACCGACAAGAGCUCAUUAUUUGAGGAACUGCAAGGCCUGGAUGUUUUCUUGGCUGAACUGUACAAGCAUCUGGAUAGCAGCAGUAAUGAGAGGCCGGACAUCAGCACUAUCCAGAGGAGAAUCAAGAAAGUCACACAUGACAUGGACAUGUGCUAUGGCAUGAUGGGUAGCCUGUUCCGCAGCGGCUCCAGACAGACCCUGUUUGCCUCACAAGUGAUGCGUUAUGCUGACCUGUACGCAGCCUCCUUCAUUAACCUGCUGUAUUACCCCUUCAGCUACCUCUUCAGAGCUUCACAUGUACUAAUGCCCCAUGAAUCAACAGUUGAACACACCCAUGUGGACAUUGACACAGAGUCACCGCUGGCUACACGCAACCGCACCCACUGCAGUGACUGCAAAGAGCUAGAGUGCAAACGCAACCAGCUGACCCGCUCAUUCAGUGAGAUCAAACCACCCAAUCUGUUCCCCCAGACUCCCCAGGAGAUCACUCACUGUCACGAUGAGGAUGAUGAUGAGGAGGAAGAAGAGGAGUAAUAAACAGGACCUUUAGAGGGGAGCCAUGUUCCCAUUCCUGCCUUGUUAUGUUUCCCAGUAGAGUCAAGUAGUGAUCGCUCUGAAAGUGAGGCAGAGAGGGGAAAACAUCUCCAGUGUGUAUGUGUGUAAGUAUGUACACAUACUUGAGAUUUCUGAGAAUAAGUAUAAAGGACCAGUAGCAGAAGAGAUCAUAUGACUGUCAGAAGACUGUGCAUGCUUGGUCCUCUAAACAAAACCUGUAUGAGCUUAGUUUAAAAAAAAAAAAAAGAGGAAAACACACUUUUUGAUUUUAAAUUGAUCUGAUUUCUAUAUAAUUUUCCCAGCAAACAGACAGAACACAAGAAACUUAAAGAAGUCCAGAGACUCUGGAUGACUGAGGGCCUACACCAGGGGUGCCCAAACUCGGCCCGCGGGUUGCUUCCGGCCCCACCUCUUACUUCUGGUCCGCGAAUUCAUGUCAAAAAUAACAUACAUAUUUGGCCCUUUAAGUUACUUAUUUUUGACAUUUUACCUUCCCCUCCAAUUAAGGGGGUUAAGCGAAAUGUCAAAAAAGUAACUUAAAGGGCCAAAUUGUAUGUUAUUUUUGACAUCAAUUCACGGACCAGAAGUGGGCAGGGCCGGAAGCGGCCUGCAAGUUUGGGCACCCUUGGCCUACACAGACAACACACACUAUCUUUAUCUUUUAAAGGCUGAGUUUUAAGUCCUGCCGGUGGAUUAAUUAGUUUUGGUAAUGGUACAGUUUAAUCCACCAGGUGUGGUCCUUCUACUGUAGUUUGAAGUGUAAAAACUGACAGAAUAUGCACAUUGCAGUCACAGGCAAAAUACUUUUCAGCUUAUGUGCUGAAAAAAAAAAAAUGCACAUGGUAAACAUUUCUAUAUGCAACAUGGGAACAGCGUUCAGUUUUUUUGUUUUUUUUUUUUAAUCCAUUUGUUUCAUUUGCUUGUCAUUAUAGAGCUGUAACUUGUAUGUAAGGGUAUUUCCAUGUGUCUUUCUGCCACGAUAGACUCACUCUGAGCAUCUCGAGUGACUCUAAGCAAAGGAUGUGUUAGACAAAACUGAAGCACAAGCUGGUGUUAAACCGUUCAAUGUCCAGAUGCAUUUUUUUGUUUGAUGUUUAAGUGUACAUGUUUGGUACACAAUCGAGGCUAUUGAAUUAAUACUUUGUUACCACGCAACAAAGAGGGCCGAGUAUCUGUAUUUUCUCUCUAGUCUCUAUGACUACCCUGAAAUACCACACUGUUUCUAUAAAUAGCUGUAAGGUAAAUGUGAAGAGCUAAUCAUUCAGCAUCAUGAGUGGGCUGUUGUACAGUGUUUGUCAGCUUGAUCAUUUUGGAAGCAGGAACUUGAGUAUGUCAUUUUUCAUAUUUUUUUUUUUCAUUUUGGUAGAGGGCUGUACAGUACAGGGUGUUUUCACCCAGUUCAACGUGUGAAGUGAUUUUUUUUUUUUUUUUUUGCCAAGCGUGUAAAACAAAAAAGAUGGAAGUGGCUUUGGUUUGAGAAGGAAGUAGUCUUUUCUGACUCUUAGCUGACUUUUAUCCACAGAUGCAGAGUUCUCAUAGGAGGAGAUAUAUGGACAGUGUUUACAAUAUUCUUCUGGUGGGCUUCUUACUGCUGUGAUGUGUUUCCUUUGUGUGUAGGUUGUGUUAAUAAGUCAGAACUGAGUGAAGGGUUUUAGCACUUGAUCAUUCAUUUGCUCUGAUUAUUGCAACAAAAGACGAGCUUAUUGACCUUAAAGCUCCUGAAAGCAUAUUCUAAAACAUCUUACACAUGCACUUCUCUAAAAUAUCUUUAUGUAUUGUAUUUUGCUACAGUCACACUAGCAAAAUACAAUGCGGCACAACCCAAAUUAUUUUGACCGCGUGCAAUUAACUUGCAGCCUCGUUGCCUUUUGAAAUUGGCUCUUCAAAGAUGGGAACAGGUCUGUGACCACUCAGUUAGUUGCCGUCUUCAAAGUGACUUUUGUCUGUUGAGAUAGUAGCAAAAUGGCAAUAAUGGAGUCAGUCUGCUAUUAGUUUGCAAUGGCAGAAUGCAGUCAAUCUGUUUGUGAUAAUACGGUGAUUAUGAUGAUAAAUUGGCGACAAUCACAAAUCUGUUUCAAAAUCUUUGCCGUCUACAUGCACAGAAAUGCACAUUAACUGCUUACAGAGUCCAGUCAGAACCUCAUAGAAAUUCAGAAAUUCCUCCACAAAUAGUGACGUCGUAGCUGCAGGACAGUGAUUUAACUGCAAAAUGACGGCAAGUUUGUUUUUAUAUGGGAAUAUAACCAGAAUACAACCAGCUGGCAACCAGUUGAGUCGAGUCCCCUACUGGAAAGAGACGCACUCGUCUGCGCAGACUGACUCAGAUUGAUUGCAGCGUGUUGGCAAUCUGUCUGCAUUUAUGAAUUAGACACCAGUAAUUUGCAAACCUUCAAUCAGACCAAGUUGGACCUGAAUGUUUGGAGGCAGGCUGCAAUUAUGCAGUCACUGGGCAGCCAGUGAUUGCAUUGAAUUGCAAGGAGGCUGCCACCCUAUUUUUGCUCCAGUGCGACUGAGCCAGUAAAGACUUCAUAGCUUGUUUUAUGUGGGUGACAAUGGAAGCAAAACUUGGAAAACAUGACACUUCUGCUCCAAUAUAUGAAACAUCGGCAAUAUUUGUUCAAAGUUUGAGUCUCUUUGCAAUGGCACCAUUCAACUGUAUUUAAAAUUCACAUGAAUACUUGCCUAAUAACCAGACUAUUCACCAACUUGUCACUGAAAUUGAAUUUAAAUGGCGCUAAUCUGAACUGAGUGGUUCAAGAAAGCUUAUGACAUCAUUUCCAGUUAAAUGCCUCCGACUUAAAAUCAUUAAAAAGAUUUUUUUUUAAAAAUCUUGUGUUAAAUCAUCAAAACUGUUCAGAUUUUAUUCAGCUCAGAGUCUGCUGUUCAUAGAGAAAGGGUGAUGGAGAUGUUUGUACGCAGGGUGUAGAGUGCUGCCUGAUUUUUAUUUUGUUUUUUCUCAAACACAGCAACCUCUUUUUUUUUUUUCCUCCACCAUCCUCUGUUCUGGGAGCGUUAACCAUCCUCACCUUUUUUUAAAGUCUCAGCCUGUUCCGUCAGUCUUCUUCUGUGUUGGAUCGGCCUGUUGAUUUAGGCCACAAAAGGGAAGGAACGUCUUUUAGUUUUUUUUGGAACGGUUUUGGUUUGGCUUGAUGUGGAGUGAAUAGAGGUGAAUGUUUAAUAGGUUGGAUAAAAUGAUGUCGAACAUCAACAGAAACACAUUACAGCUUUUUUUUUUUUUUUUUUUUUACAAAUGAAAUAUUUAUAUCUUGUGUACUGAUGUUUGUUUCUUGAACAUAAAUGAACUGGAUAUGCUCUAUGAUGCAGCUGCAUUGCCAGUGGGAACGAGGUGGUGGUCUUUGCAUAAUUUGCAUAUUCAUGUGGAAAUCAGAAUAUCUGCUCUGCUGCGGCCCUUAUGGUAGCAUCACUUUGACUUUUAUGUGAACUGCAAAGCUUUUGUCAUUUGUUGGUGUAGUUUACACAGAGAGGGUAAAAAGAAACAAACUGUAAGCCUGCAAAAAAAUCUUAAAAUGAAAGGAAAUGUGACUAGCGUUUUAAGUACCAUAACUAAUAUGUUACUUGUCAUCAGCGUCCUGGGGUUUUUAGUUUUCUAAGCUAAGGUCUUGGUUUACAGAACUGUAAAUAGACCCAGCCAUUUCCUUUUCUUAUGAUUUUUCUUUAAAUAUAACAUUUUUUGGGGUUUUUAUACGAUAUCUCAUAAGCCUGUCAAUAAGACUUGGAACUAACUAAAGCCUGGUGAUCAGGUUACAGUGCUUUAGAAGAUUUUUAUUUUGUGUUGUGAUGCCCAGAAUGCAUUUGUAUUAACGGGUGCAGAAACUCCACCGUUACUUUUCUAACCUUUAGUAGACUUUUGUUUUUAUGCAUAUCAGUUUAUGUUUUUCUGAACAGUGUUUUGUGUGUUUCCAGAAAUUCUCCUUUAGACUGUACAUUGAAGUAAAUUACAUAAAAAUGUA